UGAUGUGACAUUUCAUACAUAACAAAGAGUAUUUAUUUCAUUUUAAGGACCUCCUAUUUUCAGGGAAGGACUGUAUCUUUUUCUUUUCUUCCUCAUAAGGACUCCCUUUCUCUCCCAAUUCUUCCCCCAAGGACUCUUUUAUAUAUACUUCUCUUCCUCCCAAACCCUAACCAUGAUCCCUUCUUCUUUCUUAUCAUACUUUUUGUCUUUCUUUGAUUCUUUACAUGACUAUGUUAUUGGAUAAUCAUCACCACUCUCACCCUCAACUUGGGAUUGAGGAAAAUAAUAAUAAGGAAGUGAAGGAUGGUGGUGGAUUUGUUGUCCCUAUCUCAAAUUCUUUUGGCAACACAUUUAGGGAUUAUAAUGUUGAAAGUGAAAGAAAUUCUGGGGUUGAGGAAUUCUACCGAAUCAAUCACAUUAACCAAACAUAUGAAUUUGUGAAACGUAUGAGAGAGGAGUAUGGUAAGCUUGAGAAGAUGGAGAUGAGCAUAUGGGAAAGUUGUGAACUUCUGAAUGAAAUUGUGGAUGAGAGUGAUCCUGAUUUGGAUGAGCCUCAAAUUGAACAUUUACUUCAGACUGCUGAAGCCAUUAGGAAGGAUUAUCCUAAUGAGGAUUGGCUUCAUUUGAUUGCUCUUAUACAUGAUCUUGGAAAGGUUCUCAAUCACCCUGCUUUCGGAGGGCUUCCUCAAUGGGCGGUUGUCGGUGACACAUUUCCUGUUGGAUGUGCCUUUCACAAGUCAAUUGUUCAUCACAAGUAUUUCGAGGAAAAUCCUGACUAUAUGAACCCUAUUUAUAACACUAAAAAUGGAGUAUAUUCUGAAGGCUGUGGAUUGGAGAAUGUACUCAUGUCAUGGGGGCAUGAUGACUACAUGUAUUUGGUUGCAAAAGAGAACAAGACUACUCUUCCUAAGGCUGGUCUUUUCAUCAUCAGAUUCCACUCCUUUUAUGCCUUACACAAGGCAGGGGCUUAUAAGCACUUGAUGAAUGAAGAAGAUGUUGAGAAUUUAAAGUGGCUUCAAAUAUUCAACAAAUAUGACCUUUAUAGUAAGAGCAAAGUUAGGAUUGAUGUUGAGAAAGUCAAGCCAUACUAUCUUUCUCUAAUUGAAAAGUAUUUCCCUGCAAAGCUGAGAUGGUGAAAUUUGGGAUAGCAAAAUUGGAAUAAAGGCUAAGAAAAUAAGGACUUGUUUGUUUUGUUUGAGUGAGCUUGAGUGUUUAUGUGUAGAAUUAUGUACCUUUUCUUCUUUAUAGAAAUGGAAAAUUAGGUAUUGCUAUAAUUUUGGUGAACAAAUUCAUAUUAUUAGUAUUGUAUUCUAUGAUGGAAUGAAGGGAAAAAAAAAGCAUAUUUCUUUGCACCA